UCAUGGAGUUGAAUCCUCUAAAUGUCCUUCAUUUUUUUUAAUGCUAUCUAAAGACUCUAUACUGAAUGAAAAUGGAUAAAAAAGAUUAAGGCACACUUAACAUGCCUUUAUUAAGACUAAGGUAAUUUUCAAUUCGACGAUUUCUCAGUGAUGAGAAAGGUAUUUUUUUGUUCAGUCCUUGGCAGGUCCUCCACGCUAAAAGUUCGAUUUGGUUUACUAAAAAACAUCUCGGAAAUGUGUUCAAGAAGUCCACAGCGAAGUGUUUUACAAGAAAAAACAUCAAAGGCAAGCAGUACUACUUCGACUGUGAAUGGAAAUUCAGAUCAAUCUCAUAAAUGUGUCGGGAAGAAUUCGAACUUUGUUGGGUCUGUUGAGAUUUCAUCCAAAGAUAGUGUUGACCUAGGAAAACUAUCAGAAGAAGAGAAAGAGAUAUAUUAUAGACACCUCGAGGCAUGUCAGAAUGGAGAGAGUAUGUACAAGGACCCUGCCACUGGCUAUGCUGUAUUCACUGAGAUAUUCCAUAAACAAAGAAAUUCCUGCUGUGGUAAUGGAUGCCGACAUUGUCCUUAUAAUCAUGAGAAUGUGCCUGCAAGUAGAAGAACAACCAAGUUCAAUUCAGCAUUUUAUUAUUGAUAUCAAUUGGUUUACCUAGUACACAUCACAUCUAGAUUUCAUAAAACAUGUCUUAUUGCCCUUUGUAUCAGAGAAAAGGGAAUGCUGUGUUUGAAGAUUUAUUUAUUGGCGACUCAAUUCAAAAUAGGCAGUUGAAGAAUAUAAAAAUAGAAUAUAAAUUCAUCUCUGAUUUUUUUUUAAGCUAGCGAACCUCAUACAGUAAAUYCACAAAAUACGACCCAGUUUUAAAUCAAAAAAAGAAGCAAAGUGUUUUUCUAUUUUUAGCAAUCACCAACAAACAGAAAAGGUUUUAAAAAAAUACWAUAUUUGCCACAAUUGUCUCUGUCAGUAGAGAAGAUUUACCACCGGGCUGCGAGACCAACUCCAUGAUUCCACUCGACCUCACAGUGCUUUUUUUCAAAAGUUUGCAUUCGAGGAUUGAUCGUCAGGUGAUCUGAUCAAGAUGUCGCUGCAUUUCUCAUUUAUUUCUCGACGGGUAUUAAAAUCAUAAUGUAUUUUAGAUGCUUUUACGUCAUUCUUUCGUUUUAUAUUUGCGUGCCACCAAGAAAGCAAUUUGAGAACUAUGCGGGGCAUUUUAUUUGAGACAUUUAUUUUUUAUUAAUUUUCAAAAAUUUCACGGAAUCAAGUGAUCAUAUUUGCAGCUAUAGUAUAACUAGAUUGCAGAGCGAUUUAGGAAAUUGCUUGAUAUGUCAAGUGGUCAAAAAAUGCUAACUUCCGAUCAUGCUAAGCUGUCAAGUAUUCAUUUUUAUAUYAUUUCCUUUCUACGGUAAACUUUGGAUUAGUAAGUUAAAUAUGUUCAAUGAAUCUACUCGUGUUCCAAUCCGACCUCUGCUUUAGUUAAGAAAUAUAAUUGGCGAACCAAUGAAGCCAUCCAAAUGCUUUCGUAUCUAAAUUAAGCGUAUAACUAAGUUUUCGCUAUAUUUGAAAUUGCUUUUCGGACUAGACCAUCUGAGGUUUUUAAAGUGGCUCGCUCUUCUCUCUUACAAGGUAAAUAUACAAAUACUAGAACACUUUGUAUUAUACUUUAUGUAAUAUUUGAUAAUAUAUUUAUAUAUAAUAAUAAUAAUAAGGCACACAAUAAUGUCAAAUAAUCUACUGGCAGAAGUCUCUUUCACUUUCAAAGGUGUUUUUAGGAUAGCUGUUUCAUACAAAAACAAAAAUCAAUUUUUAUCUAACUUCACAGAUGUGGCGAUAAUAAAACCWGAUCAUAGUUAAAAUACGUAUCUCUCUGACAUGGUUUCAUAUGAAAGAUAUUGCUGUUGCCUUGACAAUCCCUUUGUCGGCRGCUAAUCAUUUCAGAGCUCGAGCAAAUAUUUUUAAUUUUCAAUAUUUUUCAUAUUUAUUUUGGCAUUUGAUCAAUAUCAAUAUGAAAUAUACUGAAUAUUGUUGGCUUCGCCUAAUAAUAUCAUUUUAACGUUUUCCAUUCGUUCACUCGUGCUUACGUACUCUUCAACGAUAUUAUCUGUAAUAAAGUAAAAAAAAACUCUCAACGCGUGUUUUUUUCUUGUUCAUUAUCCGUGAAACGUAACAACAGCAGGUAAWAUUUUAGAUUUUUGUGUUAUUUUUUUUAUAUUCUAUAUGCCUAUUUCGAAAAAAGUUAAUUGUCGGGGAAAUGAAAGGAUGUUUUCGUUGUAUAAUCCUGUUAUUAUGGACGAUCUUACAUGAUUAUUCAACAAUUUGCUAUUUUUGCUUUAUUCGUCCAAAUGGCAUACAAACUUCCAAAGCAACGUUUUGAACUAUAUAGUACUGUCAAACAAUUUAAAACGGUUUAUAUAGUAUUUUUCGGUUGCUU